CAAUGGUCAGGUGUCUUCAAUUCCAGUCUCUCCAUUUAAAUCACCAAAACGUUUUCCUCAUCAAUCCGAUUCUUUCGGUGACGAAAAAGAUACUAUCCCAAAAAUUGAACUUUCUACUUGUCCAAAACCGAAAAAAGGUUUUGGUAACUUAUUAUUUCUCGGCGGUCACCGUACUCCUAGUGAACAAGCCAAAAUUGAUAUGACAAGUGGUAUUAACAUUAAGAUUGAUGGAUUAACUACAAAUAUCAUUCAAGAUGAUAAUGAUUGUUCAAUUGAAGAACCUACACCAGUUUAUCAAGCAAUAGAUGUGUUUCCAAGAGGAAUUUAUGAAACUCUUGAUGAAUAUGAUAAUAAGAGACUUGACGAGCAAAAUGAAACGUCAACAUUUGGCCCAAUUUCAAGAGCUGCUUCAAUGAAGUCAUCUUCAAAUGUUUAUGAAUAUAAUAACUCUUUUAAGCCUAAAACUGUCCAGCACGUUAAUAUACAACCAGAUUAUGUUGAUGCGGACAACUCUUCAAAUCAUUCUUUAACAAUAGUAAAUAUUGAAGAUGAUUAUGUAACCAAAGAAUCCAGUUAA